AUGUCGGAGCAUAUCACGCCCGGCCACUCGUUCAAGGCCGUCAUUCGUCGCUGCAAGUCUCAGAAAAACAAGCAUGCGUUCUUCUUCGAGCGUGCUACUCGAGCCGUCGUUGCCCCACGUCCACGGAUGCUUUUUGCCUGGUCGAGCAACCUCGCUGAUGACGGGCAAGCAAGGGCGGUCUGGACGCCAGCGGACUCCGUCUCACCACCCGCAAACGUCGGAGAGCCUGUUCGAGAAUCAUUUGACGGACACUUCACUGAGUCUGCUGGAUGCGUUGCCAAAUCAGGCGUGCUUGUAGAACCAGCCGCAGGGGACACUCGUCAACAAUGGACACAGCAGAGACGAUGGAAGUGCCCAAUCUCACUGUGAGAAAAGCCUCGUUCCAGGCCUGGCGGGAUUGGCGGUGCCUUGCAGCUUUUGGAAGGGCCCGCUGUGACCUAGACGCGCGGGAUGCUCUGAUACGAACAGCAACGACCAUGACCACGACGACGACGACGACGACGACGACGGGCAGUCUCGACGCCCCGUGGUCGGUAACGAAGACGAGGACCCAAACCUAGGUCGACACUUGCAGAGCCCGGACCUAGCAUAGGUCGCUACGUUGGUAGGAACCAGGAACGGUUGCCAUGUGCCAUUUUCAUCUGGCGC